CGCGGAGGCCAGUGUUCCGACCCGUUUCCGGGCCCGUCUCGGUGCCGUCUGAGGCCCCGACCUGCGGAGAGCGGGCGCCGGGGCCGCAGCCUCGCGCCGGGGCCUGAGUGGUCGGAGUCCGCCGGGACGCAGAGGGCCGACCGCGCCCGGCCUGCUCCCACCGCCGCCCGCAGAUCUGUUUGCAUUUGAGGAGGAGCCGUAGUCCUGCCUCACAGCAUAAGGGAUGGGAUCAGAGAACAGUGCUUUAAAGAGCUAUACAUUGAAGGAACCGCCAUUUACCUUGCCCUCCGGACUUGCCGUUUAUCCUGCUGUGCUGCAAGAUGGCAAAUGUGCUUCGGUGUUUGUGUAUAAGAGAGAAAACGAAGACAAGGUUAACAAAGCUGCCAAGCACUUAAAGACACUUCGUCACCCUUGCUUGCUGAGAUUUUUAUCCUGUACUGUGGAAGCAGAUGGCAUUCAUCUUGUCACUGAGAGAGUGCAACCUCUGGAAGUGGCCUUGGAAACCCUGUCUCCUGCAGAAGUCUGUGCUGGAAUAUAUGACAUAUUGCUGGCACUUAUCUUUCUCCAUGACAGAGGACAUCUGACACACAACAAUGUCUGCUCAUCAUCUGUGUUUGUGAGUGAAGAUGGGCACUGGAAACUAGGAGGCAUGGAAACUGUCUGCAAAGUUCCUCAGGCCAUACCAGAGUUUCUCAGAAGUAUUCAGUCAGUAAGAGACCCAGCAUCUGUUCCUCCUGAAGAGAUGUCUCCAGAGUUUGCAACUCUUCCAGAGUCCCAUGGACAUGCCCGGGAUGCCUAUUCAUUUGGAACAUUGGUGGAGAACUUGCUCCCAAUCUUAAAUGAGCAGGUUUCAGCGGAUGUUCUCUCCAGCUUUCAGCAGACCUUGCACUCAGCUUUGCUGAAUCCCACUCCACAAUGCCGGCCAGUGCUCAGCAGCUUGCUGUCCCAUGACUUCUUCAGAAAUGAUUUUCUAGAAGUUGUGAAUUUCUUGAAACGCUUGACAUUAAAGAGUGAAGAGGAAAAGACUGAAUUCUUCAAAUUUCUACUGGACAGAGUAAGCUGCUUGUCGGAGGAAUUAAUAGCUUCAAGAUUGGUGCCUCUUCUGCUUAAUCAGCUGGUGUUUGCAGAACCAGUAGCUGUUAAGAGUUUUCUUCCCUAUCUACUUGGUCCCAAAAAAGAUAAUGCACCGGGAGACGCCCCUUGCUUACUCUCGCCAGCGCUGUUCCAGUCUCGGGUGAUCCCUGUACUUCUCCAGUUGUUUGAGGUCCAUGAGGAACAUGUGCGGAUGGUCCUGCUGUCUCACAUAGAGGCCUAUGUGGAGCAUUUCACUCAGGAGCAGCUGAAGAAAGUCAUCUUGCCACAGGUAUUACUAGGCCUGCGUGACACCAGCGAUGCCAUUGUGGCAAUUACUCUUCGUAGCCUUGCAGUGCUGGUGUCUCUACUUGGACCAGAAGUGGUUGUGGGAGGAGAAAGAACCAAAAUCUUCAAACGCACUGCUCCAAGUUUUACUAAAACUAGUGACCUUUCUCCUGAAGGUUCUCCCAUGCAUGCUGUCUGCAGUCAGCGGACUCAGCUCUCACAAGUGGUGGAGAACCCCUCCUCUACUGCAUUCCCUAAGUGUUUCCUUUCUGGCAAUAUGCCCAUCGCCAGCAGGAGGCACAUGAAGCAAGGUUGCUACAGCACUCUUCCACAGACAGGUGAUCAGUUUUCUCAUUUUAUUCAAUUCCCUAUGAAUGGGAUCUCAGAUGUGAAGAACAUCAGUGAAAAUUUCCCACCAGGCUCUAAAAAGUCUGAGGAGUGGCCUGACUGGAGUGAGCCUGAGGAGCCUGACAACCAAACUGUCAGUAUUCAGAUUUGGCCCCAAGAACCCUGUGAUGCCAAGUCACAGUACACUGACUUGAAUGCAGAGGUGGAAUCCUUGGAUGACUGUAAGCCCAGCAUAGGUACUGAAGUAAACCUAACAGCUGUGCCUGUUACCUCAGAGGAGCAGAAGCCCACAGCGGCUUUGCUUCCUCUUACUCAAGAAUCUAACCCUUUGAAAUUGAGUCCUUCCCAAAAGACCUGUCAUGUACAGAGUGGGGAUGUCAAGCUACCAAAAACGUCACAAGAAAGGCCCCUUAAGGUUCGAUCAGAACUUGGUUUAGGAGAAGAGUUUACCAUACAAGUAAAAAAAAAACCAGUACAAGAUCCUGAGUUGGACUGGUUUGCUGAUAUGAUCCCAGAAAUUAAGCCUUCAGGUACUUUUCUUAUUUUACCUGAGCUGAGGACAGACGUGAUGGUCCCUGACAAGGAUAAUAUAUCACCAGUGAUGCAGUUUUCCUCAAAGUUUGCUGCAACAGAAAUGACUGAGGGAGAGGCAGAAGGCUGGGGAGAAGGAGAGCUGAACUGGGAAGAUAACUGGUGACAAUGGGUAUGAGCUAAACAUGAGGAAGGAUUCCUUUUUAAGAAACUUUAUACCUCAGAAGCAGACUGCAUGGACAAGAAGGCCCAAAGGCAGCCUGUCUUCUUAUACCAGGAGCUCUUUUUGUUCUUUGUGCCAACUUG